UCUCCAGGUGCAGCGUAGUGGCUUCUUGUCAAAUUAUCGAAGUGGGAGUGAAUGUGAUAAAGAAUGGCAGGGAACAACGAACAGCUUCAAAAGAUAUUUGUUGGUGGUCUGAAUAGAGAUGUUGACGAAAAAUCUUUGGCUGAAACAUUCAGGACUUAUGGUAGGGUAGUAGAUGUUAGUGUGUUGAAGGAUUCUCUUGGAAGGUCUCGUGGCUUUGGGUUCGUGAUAUUCGAGGGCCCAUCUAGUGUUGACGAUAUUAUGCAAGCAAAAAAAGAUGGUAAAAACUUCUUUGUCAACGGUGGAUUGGUUGAAGUCAAACGGGCAUUACCAAAGGUAGACCGUGCAGAAAUGAAGGAUAGGUCCAGUUCACGAUAUUCGACGAGCAUUGGUGUCAAGAAGAUAUUUGUUGGUGGCCUAGCCAGCUGUACCUCUUCAGAACAUUUAGAAUCUUAUUUUAGCAAAUUUGGCAAAGUACUUGAGUCCAGUGUGCUGAUGGAUAAAAUGACUGGGAAAUCAAGAGGGUUUGGUUUUGUUGUCUUUGAAGACGAAGAUGCUGCUGACAAAGUAUGUGCAUUGCGAAAUCAUGAAAUAUGUGAGAAAACAUGUGAGGUGCGCAAAGCAGAACCUCGAUCUGCAUUGAUGAACCGAAAAGAAAGAGAGGCAGUAGCUGCUGCAGGGUAUAGGAACCAAUUAGAUAUGACAAGGCAACAACAGGCUCCACCCACCAACAGUGUAGAUGUUAAUAAUUUGAGUUCUGCUAUUCAAGUUCUGAACAAUCUCCAGAAUUUGCUUAGUGCUGCUCAGGUCCAGCAGAUGAUUACACCAAACCCGGUAGUCGCCGCCCAUCAGUAUCCAGGGUUAUCAUAUGGAAACCCUCAGUUUGUCGCUCCAGCUCAAACUGUAGCAGCACCAAGUCCAGUCCUAAAUACUAACCAAGGCAAUAUACUGCAACUGCUUCAAACAGCACUUAGCAAUCAACAACCCCAGUUUGGUAUGCCAAAUCAGGCUGUCAAUACACCAAGCACAAGUCAGUUAAGCCAACUUCUUGGCAGUGCAGGGACAAAUGUAAAUACCUUAGGGCUGUUAAGCUCAUUGGCUGGUAUAGGGCAACAGACAAAUCAGGUCGUGAAGCAAGAUACAGUCCCGCAAGCAGUACAAAAUCCAGCAUUAAACACAGUACCUGCAGAUGGCAGCACAGGUUCUGGUCAAAACUUUUCAUAUUUUGAAGACUCUUAUGGACCUUCAGCUCAAACCACAUCUGGCUAUGGACCAGUUCGGUAUCCUCAAAAGUCUGAAUCAAAAUCAUACAGGCCAUACUGAAUGAUACAGUUAUCGAGUUGAAGCUUUUGAAGCCAGUUUACAGCUUUCAGUAAUCAGCAAGUAUCAAAAAAUUAGGAAAUCCUUUAGAAAAAGUAGACACUUUGCACCAAGCUAUUUUAGUACAGGAAGAUUGCUUUCAUUAGCAUAGAUAUGUAAAAAAAAGAGAUCCUCAAAGACUUCUUGUUAGUCAGACAAUGCUGUUAAAUUCUUCUUAAUAGCGCCUUAUGUUGAUUGAUGUAUUUAGCACAUGUAAAUGUAGCUUGUUUUAUUUUAAUCUGUUAGUCCUGAGAAUUUCAAGUAACAUUGUAUUAGGAUGAUUAGUGACAAUCUUUACAGGUUGAAACUUGAUUAAGCCACAGCCUGUUGUUGAAUUAGUUUGUAGUCAGUUUGUUUGACAUUUGCAGUAAGUUGGAUUUCUUUUCUUUUGUAAUAUAAUGUAUGGAUAAAAAACUUGAGAUUCAGAUAGCAAGCAAUUUGUUUUGAAGAUAGUCUGUCAAGGUCUGGUUAUGCCUUUUUCAUGCUAACUGCAUUGUUCAAUGGUGGGUCAAUGGUACUUCAACAAAUGUCCAAGGACACUUCUUAUCCAUUUACUUAAUAGCUCAUUGUAGAUGCAACUUUGAGCUGGGAAGCAGUAGCCCUGUAGCAAAGGGGCAUGGGGGCAGCCGCACCUUUGCCCUUGCAAAAUUAUGCAAUUUUCUUUAUUUUGCUUUUGUUUUGCUCUUUUGGCAUCUGUGCUCGGGAGGAUUUGUAAAACUGUAGAAAUGUCCAAAGCAGAUACCUGUGUCUAAACUUAAACAAACAUUUCUGCAGAACAUAUUUCUCCUGGCCUAAUUGGAGGCAUCAGAUAUUCAGCUGCUAGUAUAUACAUUAGGAUUUCCAUGCCAAUUGUUGUAUAUUUUCGCUUUGAACAAUGGUUCAUUAGCCUCUAAGUAUUUUUGAUGCAGAUAACUUUUGGCAUACCUACUGUAACUAGAAAUAUUCGAAAGAUAUUUUCUCUCCAUUUUGCAUAGCUCUUUAUGUCAUUUUGUCGAUGAAGGUCAUGUUUGUCAAAUCUUGUUUUAUACUGAAACAAAGGCUACACCCAUAAAUGUCCUCCGCAUUUGUCGUAAUACUCUUGUUUCAACUCUUUGAUGAUACAGUGUGUUCACCUACCCUUCACUAAAGAUUUUUUACUGUUUUAAGCAUUAAAUUAUUAUGACAGCUUCUUUUCUUCAAACAUUUUUUUUCUCCCUUAUCAAUUUCAAAAUGUACUAAUUCCUGUCGCUCUUUUAUCAUAUUAUCGUUUUAAUGGCAAAACUUUAAUUUCACUCCUGGAUGCUAGCAUGAGUAAAAUGGAAGGUAAUUACCGUUUUAGAACCUGGUUAUGAAUACCUGUUCUUUACAUAAACACAUUAUUUAGAUAUUUAUUUAAAAUUCACCAGUCUUAUCGGUGCCAUAUUAGAAGAGAUGUACACUUCUAGAUAUUUUAUAUUUGUUGUUAACAAUAAUUUGUUUGUCAUCCCCUUGCUAUGUAUUAUUAUCAAAAGGAGAUCGACAGUGUAUAUCUAUUGUAGCUAUCUACAGCGGCAGUAUGAUCAUGGCGUAUCUUUUACUGAUAUUUUUCUAUUUAUUGGUUUUAUCAGGUAUUAAAAUUUGAGAUUGUAUAUCACAUUUAUGUACCAGUAAAUGAUCAGGAUUUUUUGUUAUAAACGGCCUAUUUUGCCCAAGGCAUACUUAUAUCAUUUAGAAUAUCACAGCUUAUCGAGUCUAUGUUUUGUUAGUAAGUAUAAGUUUAGAAGCCGAGACUUUAAGAGCAUAGCGGUCAAAUCUUUGAUUGGCUGAGAGCUCUGAUCAUUACUAUUUUUUCCCAACCAAAUAAGCCAUUCAGCAUACAGGAUUCUCACAACAAAACAAAAUCACUUCGCAGCUAGAAUUAGGCCUAUUUUAACCGUGUGCUGAUUGGCUUAUUUGGUUGGGAGAAAAUAGUAGAGAUCAGAGCUCUCAGCCAAUCAAAGAUUUGACUAACAACGAGCCUUUGCAAGGGUGGCAAAUUAUCCAGGCAACAAUCCAAACAAUGGCAGUAAACUUCUACUGAUUAACAAUAAUUGAUUUCAGACUGUCUGAAAAUGCAUAAUGGGAUGCUUGCGUAGCGCAAGGGCUCAUUGUUAGCAAUGAGUCUUUAAGACUACCUCGAUUAGAUCCUUUGUUCCAGUGUUGGGUUGAAAAUUAAGUCUGGAAGUUGUCUUGCAUAGUGGAAAGAGCGUUAUCUUUCGCCUCAGUGGGCUGACACGUACUGUUUUAAGCCCACUUUUCGAACCUCGUUGCAGUGAAAAUUGAAGUCGAGCUGGGGGCCUGAAAGUCCUAGGUUAGUAGCCAGAAAAGGCCAAGGUACCCUAAACAAACAAUAAAUGAUAGAGCAACUGAAAAAUCCGGCCUUGCAGUGCAGCUGAACAAAGCAAUGGCAUUAUCUUUUUGCUCCAUUAAAUAUUAGCUUUAAUUAGUAAAAGUAAUGUAACAUAUUAAACAUUGUUUCGUACCAAUAUGAUUAACUUAGGAUUGUUUUUCGGUUCCUUAUAGAACUUAUUGUCAUUUUUGUUCUUUCAGGGAUAAUGCAUCACUGGUAGAUUCCUGUGUGCUUCGAGUUAUCCAUAAGGCGCGACCAUCAGAAUUAAAGCAGAGGUAAAGAUUCGUUUUUCCAAAGAUUUCAACUGCUGCUUAUCACCUAUUAAGAGCCAAACUAUCUCCACAGUUGGUGACAGGAGAUGAAAUCGAUAAAACUGGUCCUAGAUGAAAAAAUAUCGAUGAUUCCCAGCCUAUGUAUAUGAAUCGGACUGCGAAAGAAACUGAACCUCAAUGAAAACGUUUUGCAAGGAUUGCUAGAGCAGGAGCAGCGAAGCUGGUUGCAGGAGCAGUGAAUUACACGAACACACGCAUGGGUUCAGUGAAAAUAUGUGCAUCUUAGCAAUUUCUGUGGAUUCCCAAAUUAUGACGUUAUAGAUUGGUUCAGUUCUUUGAAAGUAUCGUUAAAGCUAAAGAAUGGAGUGGAGAGUAGCGUGGCAGAACUUUUUUCAUAUUUGCAAAUUUUUGCAUAUUUUAGAAGACCAGCUAGAGAGACCACUUUGAAAAGACAGAAAAUGGUGAUAAGUCCAACAAUGCGACAGGGAAGGUCUCUGGCCGACAGAUUCAGCUCGGCAGAUAUGCGAUUGUCAGUGUACAGCUAUUUGACAUUUGACUGGAAGGAAACAAGGACAUGUAGAGACGUAGAGUCAUUAAAUGAAUUCGUAGCAGAUGUUCAAUGAUUGGUGUUACGUUUAUUCCCAAGAAAAAUGGAGAAUGAGUUUAAUUAUUUUGCGAUAGACGAUCAUUAUAGGAGAGACUUCUUUCUAGAUAAAUUGAUGAACUGAACAAAAUAAACUGACUACGAAAAUAUUUAAUCAUUUCAUUGAUGAGUUUGUAUUAAUUUUGUUAAUUGUGAACUUACAAUUUUUGGAAGUAGAAAAUUUGAAUAAAAACCAAUCGGAAUAUGCUCGUGUUUUCUGAUUGGCCUAUUUCGAUCCGUAACUAGGUUUAUUUUUAGCUCGAUCGUUAUUCUGACAUUUUAUACUCUUCA